GGGGGGCGGGCCCGCCCGCUGCCGGCGUUGGUCGCCCGCCCGCCAGCUCGCACUCGGUCGCGUCGCGGGGUAGGCAUGGGAGUCGCACGCGCCCUUCCGGCGCCCACACCUGUUGGAGCGGCGCAGUGAGCUGCGGCCCGGGCGGGCUGCUCGGCGCGGGUUCUGUGACUCAGGAAAAUGAGAGCAAGCCUGGCUGCAGAGGGUUCACAGGGCUUUGUUCAUCUUUAGAGUGGUGCUCAGCAUGGCGGGGAUUCCAGGGCUCCUCUUCCUUCUCCUCCUCCUCCUCCUCUGUGCUGUCGGGCAGGUGAGCCCCUAUGGUGCCCACUGGAAACCCACUUGGCCUGCUUACCGCCUCCCUGUGGUCUUGCCCCAGUCCACCCUCAACCUAGGCAAGCCAGACUUUGGGGCCGAAGCCAAAUUGGAAGUGUCCUCCUCGUGUGGACCCCAGUGUCAUAAGGGAACUCCACUGCCCACUUACGAAGAGGCCAAGCAGUACCUGUCUUAUGAAACGCUCUAUGCCAAUGGCAGCCGCACGGAGACGCAGGUGGGCAUUUAUGUCCUCAGCAGUGGCGGGGGACAAGAGUCUUCGGGAAAGUCUCGGAGGAAGCGGCAGAUUUAUGGCUACGACAGCAGAUUCAGCAUUUUUGGGAAGGACUUCUUGCUCAACUACCCCUUCUCAACAUCAGUGAAGUUAUCUACAGGCUGCACGGGCACCCUGGUGGCAGAGAAGCAUGUUCUCACGGCUGCCCAUUGCAUCCAUGAUGGGAAAACCUAUGUGAAAGGAACACAGAAACUUCGAGUGGGCUUCCUGAAGCCCAAGUUUAAAGAUGGUGGUCGAGGGGCCAACAGCUCCAGCUCUGGCGUGCCGGAGAAGAUGAAGUUUCAGUGGAUCCGGGUGAAGCGCACCCAUGUGCCCAAGGGUUGGAUCAAAGGCAAUGCCAACGACAUUGGUAUGGAUUAUGACUACGCCCUCCUAGAACUCAAAAAACCCCACAAGAGGAAGUUCAUGAAGAUUGGGGUAAGCCCUCCCGCCAAGCAGCUACCAGGAGGCAGAAUCCACUUCUCUGGUUACGACAAUGACCGACCAGGCGACUUGGUGUACCGCUUCUGUGAUGUCAGAGAUGAGACCUAUGACCUGCUCUACCAGCAGUGUGAUGCCCAGCCCGGAGCCAGCGGCUCCGGGGUCUACGUCAGGAUGUGGAAGCGGCAGCAGCAGAAGUGGGAGCGGAAAAUUAUUGGCAUCUUUUCAGGGCACCAGUGGGUAGACAUGAAUGGUUCUCCACAGGAUUUCAACGUGGCUGUUAGAAUCACCCCUCUUAAAUAUGCCCAGAUCUGCUAUUGGAUUAAAGGAAACUACCUGGAUUGUAGGGAGGGGUGACACAGUGUUCCUUCCUGGUGGCACUUGAUGGUCUUUACGUACUUAUUUUAGGAGAGGCCAAAUGUUGUCCUUGGUGUGUGUGUGUGUGUGUGUGUGUGUAAUGUGUCAUGAUAUCUUUUACAUAAUUUUUUAAAAUUGCAAGAUGCCUGGCUUUAUUAUUUGAAAACUGGUUUGUGUAUCAUAUAUCAUUUAAGGAGUUUAAAGGCAUACUUUUGCAUAGAAGUCAAAAAAACACCAUACUGAUGUUUGGGAUGAUAGGGAAUAUUUAGCAAGUAAGUUAACCUUUCACUUUUUGAGAACUUUGAUUUUUAUUUCAUCUGAACUUGUUUCAAAGGUUUAUAUUAAAUGUGUGGCAUAUGGAAGAUAUAAAUUCUUAAAUCCUUAUGUGUGUAUAUAUGUGUAUUUUCUCCUGAGAUUCAUCUUGGGUUUUUUGUUUUGUUUUUAAUGCCUAAUCAUUAAUGUUUCCAGAUGGCAGUGUUCCCCACCGCCCUCAUGAUACUUCUUAGACAGGCAGGUGUAAUAUUUUGGACUUGGAGGUGUUUGCACGGUAGUCCUUGAUGAGUAAAAGAAUUUGUUGACUAUAUUGGUACACAUGUUAAACUAUCUUACAGUAAGUCAGUAUUCUGACUUAACUGCAGUUUUGAAAUAGUUUCUUUCCCAAAGACUAUUGUUCUACUUUUGGGGAAGACCCCGACCUACAGCCCUGUCAGCUUUGUGACACACCAGAGUGGGCAAGAUUAUUUAUGCCCAUCCUUCCACUUAACAGGAUUUUACUAAUGUUCCUUGAACUUGCUCUUUUCCAGAAGACGAUGACCAGGGCCUAAUUAGAACAGGCUGUAUCACUUCCCAGCUAACAGUUGUGGUCCCACUAAAAACAAUCAUUUCAUUUUACCCCUGGAGUAUAGCACAUCUCAUGUUUUAUCGUUUGGAUGGAGUGAUUUCAAAUGAAUUAAAUUCCAGAGAACAAUGGAUGCAUUGCUUGGCAGAUGUCACAACAGAAUAAGCACUUGUUUGGAGCCUGGCACGGUCAUACAACCUAAUCAAAAUUAUUCUAUGGAGUUUUCAGUGUGCUUUCAGGGAGCGAUGGACUUGUGCAAUUCGGAAACUUCUCUCUUUUACUUUACUUACUUUACAGUAAAAAUAUUUGGGCGGUGCUUUAAGAAAAACCAAGAGGACUUUUUUCCCCCCACUGGCUUUAAAAGGGCCUCUUUUACUGGGAUACUUGAGGCUACAGACACAUAUAAUCAAGUACAGUGGUAAAAAUGGAAAUCGGGAGAAUGCAAAGUGGAUCAGAAUUACCACUCCAAUAAACGUCGUUAUGAAUGUUUUAUCAAUAUGAUAAUCACAGUUUAUAAAGAAGAGAAUGUGACUUAUUGUAUGUUUUCAUUUUAUGCUUCUUAACCUGAGCGCUUCUUCCUCAAUGUAUCAGUGGGGGAAGAAAAAAGAGCAAAGGAAUUACAGGGCAGACGUCUGCUGGGCUUGUACCUUAGGUAAUAUCAGUCUGAAUUGUAACUCUCUUCGAGGACAUUCAGAUAUGGCAUUGAAGCUUAAACUUUCUCCGGGUGGCUUUCGGCUUAUGUGUCACGAGCGUUUCAGAAGAAUAAUCCUGAUAAGACACACAAGAAAUGUACAGUCACAGUGCUUUCUUCGGAUCAUGUAAGAAAUACUAUGCAUAGGAGCGCCUGGGUGGCUCAGUCGUUAGGCGUCUGCCUUCGGCUCAGGGCGUGAUCCCGGCGUUAUGGGAUCGAGCCCCACAUCAGGCUCCUCUGCUAUGGAGCCUGCUUCUUCCUCUCCCACCCCCCCUGCUUGUGUUCCCUCUCUCGCUGGCUGUCUCUAUCUCUGUCAACUAAAUAAAUAAAAUCUUAAAAAAAAAAAAAAGAAAUACUAUGCAUAGCAAAGAGAUGUAAGGCCGCCAGGAUUCUUCUGAGUUCCAGCACAGUUUGCUUUGAAAUCUAGCAGGAAUCUAGCGUGAGGAAGAAGAGAGGUCUCCAUCCCUGUUUGGUAUUUGGGGGGUUUUCUUUUUGCUCUUGCUUGAUGCAAAAAAAUUUCACUGAACGCCUAGUCAGGACUGAUUUAAAAAAAAAAAAAUAGAUGCUCCUUUUAUGAAGCACCUGAUUUCUUGAUUUGAUUUUUUGCAAAGUUGAAACUUCCCUCCGCAAAGGUAGGCAACGGCACAAAGUCAAAAUAAUAUCAAUGUUUAGUUCACAAAUAGGCAUCAUUUACUCAAGAAUAAUACCCACAUGGGGCACCUGGGUGGCUCAGUCGUUAAGCGUCUGCCUUCUGCUCAGGGCGUGAUCCCGGCGUUAUGGGAUCGAGCUCCACAUCAGGCUCCUCCGCUGUGAGCCUGCUUCUUCCUCUCCCACUCCCCCUGCUUGUGUUCCCUCUCUCGCUGGCUGUCUCUCUCUCUCUGUGAAAUAAAUAAAAUCUUAAAAAAAAAAGAAUAAUACCCACAUGGUAUGUAUGACAGAACUCAUAGAUGGUAAAAUAACUCAACAUGUCCAUCUCUUCAGUGGUAAUAAAAGAUAGCAUGUAUUAAAUUGUUGUGGAAUUUGAAAUUAAAAAAAAGAACAGACUCAUGAGAUUAAAAUAGUGUUUUACAUGUAUUAGUUAUACAUCAUAAGGAUAUAUUCCUAGUAAGGCUAGUAGAACAACAUUCCUAAAAUGUGUGCCAUAAACACUCAUUCCUCCAGAUUUUCUACGAAGAACAAAAAGGGCACCAUCAUCGAGGAGGAGGGAGAUGCCUCCCAUACUGCCUUUCCUCCUCAGGGACUCACUUGCCUGUUUGCACUUUGAAAGCUCUAAGAAGUCCUGUAGUAAAGAGACAUGGUAAUGUUUUGAAAUCUGCACUUCAAUAAAGAUCUUUGAUCACUGAA